AUGCCGGAUCCCGCCUGCUCGCCAUUCGCAUUGAGCUUGAGAAAACAAAGCUCACAAUAUCGCUGGACGAUCGGCGAAUAUCUGAAUUGGGACAUUGAAGCUUACACACUCCCUUGGAUGGCGUUUUGCGCCGGGUUGUCUAUCAACCCGCCACUUUCAAAGCACCUCCGUCACAUGGUCGGCGUGCUGUCAAUGAAACAGCUCGACAUGCUGAAAGAUUAUGCGGAGGUGUAUGACGCAUUCCUCAGUUUGCCGGUUUCGCCAUCCAGGCCAUGGACUAAGGGCCGCCGCGUCCGGGAGUAUCGCCAUGCUUGGUGGACAGACCUUGUGACCAUCAAGCUAGAUCGAAGGUUCUUGACAACCUAUCCGGACGGCCAUGAGGUGAAGGAAUGUGUCACGGCGCAUUUUGCGCAAAUGUUUGAGGGAGACGCCUUACUAGCCACCAUCCACGCUGAGGCUAGGGAAGAAGGUGAAUAUCUUUUAAAGAUGUUGGAAGACAAGGUUCUAGAGGCGAAGAUGGUGGCAGCCACUAUGCUGAGAUUGGACACGGCAUUAGGGGAUGAUGUACUGCAAGCCAUCACGGCGUCUGACAAACUAGUGAAGUAUUUGAAAAAAGAGGCGACAGAAUAA